CACACACCGCACCUGUACACUACUUUACCUCACUCUUCUGUUCAUCUGCACCUCCACUCCCCGUCAGUUCGGCCGGAUGAGUUAUCCGAUAGAUACUAUAGGAAGCCCCUACCGGAGGGUGAUGGACACCAGGACGAGCUAUUCGAGCCCCUCCAGCGGGUUCCGCUCCCAGACCUGGUCCCGGACGAGCCCGAGUUCUUCCUCAUACAAGAGGAGCUUUAACGUCCCGGUUGCGCGAGCCUACGGCUCGGCAGUACUGAGCUCCGCCGACAGCCUCGACUUCACCCAGAAUUCCAUCAUCAACGGAGACUACAAGCGCUCCAACGAGAAGGAGCAACUUCAGGGGCUCAACGACCGAUUUGCCGGCUACAUCGACAAGGUGCACUUUCUGGAGCAGCAGAACCAGCAGAUCGAGGCGGAGAUCCAGGCACUGCGGCAGAAGCAGGUGUCGCAGUCUCAGCUGGGCGAACUUUACGACCAGGAGCUGCAGGAGUUGCGCUCCAUGCUGGAGCAGACCCACCACGAGAAGGCGCAGAUCCAGCUGGACACUGACCACAUCGAAGAGGACAUCCAACGCCUGCGGGACCGCUUCGACGAGGAAGCCCGCAUCAGAGAAGAGACGGAGGCGAUCGUCCGCGCCCUGAAGAAGGACAUGGGUGACUCAGCACUCGUCAAAGCAGAGUUGGAGAAGAAAGUGCAGUCCCUGCAGGACGAGAUCGCGUUUAUCCGCAACAACCACCAAGAGGAGAUCAGCGACCUCCUGGCGCAGGUGCAGGCGUCGCAGAUCACCGUGGAGAAGAGGGACUACCAGAAGGCGGACAUCACCGACGCGCUGCGCGAGAUCCGUUCCCAGCUGGAGGGCCAUUCGACGCAAAACCUCCAGCAGGUGGAAGACUGGUUUAUGUGCCGCUACAGCAAACUCACCGAGGCCGCCGAGCAAAACAAAAGCGCCAUCAAAUCCGCGCGGGACGAGAUCUCAGACUACCGCCGCCAGCUACAGUCCAAAACCGUGGAGCUGGAGUCUGUCCGAGGAACCAAAGAGUCUCUGGAGAGGCAGCUGAACGACAUAGAAGACCGACACAACAAUGACCUUGCCAGCCUGCAGGAAACCAUCCACCAGCUGGAAAAUGAACUCAAGAGCACGAAAUGGGAGAUGGCACGGCAUCUGCGUGAAUACCAGGACCUCCUGAAUGUCAAAAUGGCAUUAGAUAUAGAAAUUGCUGCAUACAGAAAACUUCUUGAAGGAGAGGAGAGCCACUUUAGCACUUUCCCAUACCGCCAGACCGUCACCAAAGGCCCCAAGGUGAAAAGUGAGCCACCCAAGCUUAAAGUACAACACAAGUUCGUAGAGGAGAUCAUUGAAGAGACGAGGGUGGAGGAUGAGAAGUCUGAGAUGGAUGAGGCUUUGGCUGAAAUGGCAGAGGAGUUGUCAGCUGCCAAAGAAGACGAGGAAGGAGGAGAAGAGGAGGGAGAGGCUGAGGAAGGAGAAGAAGGAGGUGAUGAUGAGGAGGGAGAGAAAGAAGAUGAGGGUGAAGGAGAAGAAGAGGAGGUGGUGGCAUCAACCCAAGCCAAAGUAGCCUCUGCAGCCCCUGCUGAGGAAGAAGAGGAGGGAGAGAAAGAGGGAGGUGACGAAGAACAAGAAGAAGAGGAGGAAGCUGGAAAGGGUGAUGAGGAGGAAGAGAAAGGAGAGGAGGAGGAGGGUGAGGAGGAGAAGAAAGAAGAGGAAGCAGAGGAGGAAGCAGAAGAAAGCAAGGCACCUGAAGCAAAGGCCUCUCCUGAAAGCGAGAAGGCAGAGGAGAAGCAGGCCAGUGGAGGAGAAGAAGAAGCAGAGGAAGAAGGUGAUGAGAAUCAAGAAGGAGAUGCAGGCAGCGACAAAGGAUCAACCGAUGAAAAAGAAGUGGAAGUAAAGGAGCAGCCUAAGAAAGCAGAACCAGAAGCGGCCAAGGAAGACAAGAAGGGAAAAGAGGAGAAGGAAGAGGCUAAAUCCGAGAAAGAAAAAGCAACUGUGACGGAAACCAAAGCAGAGUCUCCUAAAGCAGAGUCUCCUAAAGCAGAGUCUCCUAAAGCAGAGUCUCCCAAAAGCGAGAGCCCAAAGAGCGAAAGCCCUAAAAAGGAGACGCCUAAAACCGAGGCUCCCAAAAAGGAUCCUCCCAAAAGUGAGCCUCCCAAAACUGAGAGUCCUAAGAAAGAGGAACCCAAGGCUGAACCUUCCAAGAAGGAGACUCCGAAGUCAGAACCAUCCAAGGCUGAACCUAAAGAAGAUUUCCCAAAACCAGCAGACGAGAAAGCCACAAAGAAGAGCGAAACAGAGAAGGAGCCUGAAGAUAAAAAGAAAGAGGCAACCGUGAACGGAGACAUGGGCAAGAAAGAUGACAAGAAAGUGUCUGAUAAGAAGGAGGUGAUCUCCAACGGAGUUGACGAAAGCCCAACCAAAGACGAAAGCAGCCAGAGGGUGGUGAUCACCAAGACGGUGGAGACCAUCACCACUGGAGAAGAUGGAGUCAAACAAGUCACAAAAACUGUUACCGUCACCGAGAAGGGGGAGGAAGUGCAGGAGACCGUCCAGGAGAAGGUAGUCUCCAAACCAGCGGAGAAGCAGGCAGUGAAGGCAACCGAAGCCGAUUAGAUCCGAUCGAACCCCUAUAACUGAGCGAAGAGGAAUAAAUCCCAGGGGGAGGAAGCAUAUCAAGCAAUCAACACAAAACUAACAUAAUGAAGAAAUCAUAAAGCUCAACAGAUGUACUUGCAUUAACCACACCAAAACAAAACAAGCAUAGAGAGAAGCCAUAAGAUGCGGCAAGCUAAAAAAAAUGCAUGUUGAGUGACAGCUUUAAAUGGGUUUUGCUGCAUAUGCGGUCCGGGAUGCUGGGGAUUCACUUUCACUUUCGUUCAAACUGCAAUAUUUGGGGGAGGGGGGGCGGUCACUUGAAUGUGGCAUCUGCAUGCCAGCUCUGGGAUGUUGGGGGGGUGGAACAUGCUACUUGUUCUUUGGGAUAGAAAAAUACCUAUGUAUGACAGUAAUAUACAAUCGAAUGGUGGCGAAUGACAUUUGCUUCGAAUAAUGGCAAUGAGGGUUGUAGAGAGACGUGUUCUUCUGACGAAGUAGCCUUACAAAUAUUAGCGCGAGGACACCAACUGAGCCAAAAAUGUAAAAAAAAAAAAAAAA